UCAAAGUGCCCCGGCUGCUCGGCUAAACUAGCAUGACCGAGCACUGCGGCGUCUACAAUUAGCAGUUAAAUGUGACCGAACGUCGGUGACAAGUGUCGCGUGUGAACACCAAGUGACUGCUGGACAACAUGGGGCUUGUUCAGGGCUCGUUUUUGUCUGACAGUGAGGCCACAAGCGGAUACCAUGUACACGGGAUACAAGAAGACUCCCCUGCGUUCAAAGCUGGUCUGGAGCCGUUUUUCGACUUCAUCCUCUCGAUUGGAAAUACCAGACUUAAUAAGGAAAAUGACUUGCUGAAAGACCUUCUUAAAGCCAAUGUCGAGAAGGCGGUUAAACUUGAGGUGUACAACUCGAAAACUCAGCGCAUGCGAGAGCUGGAGGUCACGCCCAGUAACAUGUGGGGCGGUCAGGGUCUGCUUGGCGCCAGCGUCCGAUUCUGCAGCUUUGAAGGAGCCAGUGAAAAUGUGUGGCAUGUUUUGGACGUUGAGCCGAGUUCUCCCGCUGCACUGGCCGGACUUGCUGCUUACGAAGACUUCAUUGUUGGAGCUGAUCACGUUUUGCAGGAUUCUGAAGAUUUCUUUUCAUUGGUGGAGGCCUCUGAGGGAAAACCCCUAAAACUACUUGUGUACAACACACAGUCCGACCAGUGUAGGGAAGUGACGGUGACCCCAAAUGGUGCCUGGGGUGGAGAAGGGAGCUUGGGUUGCGGCAUCGGCUUUGGCUACCUGCACAGAAUCCCAACUCGCCCACUUGAGACUAACAGCUCAAGUCCAAGUGUCCUUCAGUCAGCAGUUUUGGAUGGAAGCACUGAAAUCCCUAGUGACUCUUCGGGACCUGAGCUGGCCAGCGGAGCCAACCUCUCUAGUGGGGAGGAAACAAGUCUCGGUCAUGUGCCUGAAACUUGUGAAAUGACCUCAUCACCACAUCCACCUUUGAUCUCAGGUUUGCCUGGCCUCUCCGAGUCUGUGAUUCCAGACUCGUCCGACACAAGUCACAUCAGCGAACUGGACCAGAGCUCCUUGUUUGUCAACUAUGACGACCAAUCUCGUGAGCAGAUCAGUUUGAAUCAUUCUUCCAUCAAUCAAGAGUCAUUUCCUGAGAAGGUGGAAGAGCUGGAAGCCCAGGCCUCUGAUCAAGCCGUUGUUUCCCAGUCAGUCGUCCCGCCUGAGUCCGUAACUACAGCGGCCAGUGAGUUUGGAGGUUUGGAGGCUGCAGCAGAGACUCCGCCUGACACCAGUCUCCCUCUGGCUCAGGAUACUGACAGCUCAAACACACCUCAGACUUCACAGGAAGAGGUUUUAUCUUAACAUGAAGGGAAGUCGCUGCGACAGCAAAUCAGCUGCUCAUUUAAAGUUCUUGAUGAAUGUAGCACAAUUGCAGCAAAAUGAGGCUCCGCCAUGUUGGGAGCUCUCACCAUUAAAUUGGAAUAGAGAAGCCAUCGAUGCAUUUUCUGCUCGCUUGAAUGCGCAUAUGGACAGGAUUUUAGGUUGGGUAAUGGAAUGUAGCUUGAAAGGACCUUGUGAUUUCCUCGAAUUAUUGAUGCCUUUUUGAGUCACUGUUUGACAUCACAGUCUAUUUCUAUUAUGUUACACUGUAUAUCAGCGGAAAAUAUUCUUUUAAAUGUGUUGAAUGAGGGUGAAUAAUUUAUGGUGAGAUGGUGCCUUUAUGAAAAAUCACUAAUUCACUAACUCAAAUGCCUUGUGGUUGAUUUUAAAUUAUUGUUUGAUUAUUUUUGUUACAUUUCUGUUACUUUUAUCAUUCAAUUUAUCCUCCAGGUUUAAGCUUCUAAUGUCUGUCAUGUAUUAAAAAAAACAUCU